GGUUGUGUAUGGAAAGAGCAGGAAACGUGCCCGGCGACUCUCACACACAUUAUCUCUCUUUCUCUCAUGAUCACACACACACACACACACACACACACACACACACACACACACACACAGGCGCACAGCCAUGCAGACAGCUGAACCCCGGAGCAGCAUCAGCAGCACAUAGAGGCAGACAUGUGAACAUGGAUUAGAAAUGUCAACAUGUUCCCGGGAGUUCUCUAUGCACUGCUGGCGGGUUUCCUCGGGGCUGUGGCGUCGUCGUCGGCCAAGCUUUCCCUCGGAGCCGACUAUCUGAAGGGGGUCUGUGAAACCGGACUCCGGACAUGGGGAGAGCAGCGGAGAUUUCGACAACCGGACGAAACUACCGCCUGUGACCGGCUUCACAUCCCUCUGAGGCUGCUGUGUGGCGGACUGCUUUUCACCUGCAAUGCUGUGAUGUGGACCUUUCUUGCCAAAGCACUCAGGUAUUCCUCUUCCUCCACCCGAACCACUGUGACCACCACCGCCUCCAACUUUAUAUCUUCCGCUUUCCUGGGGCAGCUUAUCUUUGGUGAAGCCCAGAUAACAUUGUGGUGGGUUGGGAUCUCCUUGACCUUCUCUGGUCUGUUGGUUCUGCAGAGAGUUUCACCGCAGGAUGGACAUCAGAACACAGCCGCUAAGGACGACUAGUAUGGUCUGGUCUCCACUAGCUCAGCACAGCCUGAUUCCUGCUAGCUGCAGGAUGUGAUGAGGUUUGGUCGGCAUCUCCUUCAAGUUGAACACCUAGCCAAAGAAUUGACAAAUCUCAAAAGUACAUAUGAUGGAUUUGGUUUAUUAAUAACAAGCAAUCAUUUAUUGAUUAAAUCUUGGAUGGAUGUUCCAGAAACAGGAACAUCCAUCAAUUGAUUUUUUCUCUCAACAGAUUGCUUCCUGAUUGACUUAAUUCCUCGUAUAUUUUGUGAAAAGACAAAAUGUUAUUUUAAAAUCAGAGACUAUUCUCCAGGUUAUAGAUUUGGGACAGGCUGGUUCAGCUGUGGCGCAGCAUUGUCUAAGCGUCUUCUAAACUCAGAGGAGAUGUUGGCCUUCACCUCAUCUGACCAUGGUGCAGCUUCACUCUGGUUAGUGGAGACUAGAAACUAAUGGAGGCCCAGAAGCACUUAACUUAUCACUGUCCACAGGCGAACAACAGCGCAAAAACAAUACUAGCUUUAUGUUACUUUUUAGAGGGAAUCUUUCAGUCAACAACAUCACAACAACUCUUGAGCUAAUAGAAAAGAUGUGGGGCAAGGAAAAUGGGUUAAAGGAAUAAUUCAACAUUUUGGGAAAAAUGCACAUUAGCAUGUCAGCUGAGAGGUAGAUUAGAAGAUUGAUACCACUCUCUUAUCGGUAAAUUUAAAGCUGGAAAGCUUAGCUAGAACAAAAUUAGUGGAGGAGGAACACAGCUAGCAUGUCUUGAUCAGGAAGUAACAAAAACAGACAACACUUCUUUUUAAACAAGCUAAAGACCGACCGUUUAACCUUUAGAACCGUUCCUUCUGUCGAGUCAUUGGGCUAAGCUAAGUCUGUUGGCUAGCUGAUAGUGACUGGUUAGCCAAAUGAAUGGAGGAAGGAAACGUGCUAGCUAUCCCCUAGUAUAUAGCCUUUUUUUUUUAUUAGCAUUCUGUCUGUUGGCUGAAGUAUUGUAUUUAAUCGACAGACAUCCGAUUGGUUUUUCAUGUUCUCAUCUAACACUCAGCAAAUGACGAAAAGUGCAUUGCUCAAAAUGUUGAAUGUUUCCUUUAAUGGGAGAGACUGAUAGCAUUAUCUCUAAUAAGAGGACCUGUUUGCAUAUUCACGCACUGAUCCCAAGUCAGUGGUUUAGGAUUUGUUCAUGAGCACCAUAUGCACGUCCACAUCAAUCAGCUUGUGCAUAAUGUAUUGCAGCCAUCAGAUCACCAAAGGUUUUUUAAUUCUCACAUUUCCUUACAAAGACACUCACAGUAAAAAUCCUACACCGCAGCUACACUGACUUUGCAUUUAACGCAUGCACACGAUAAUGCUAGAAAUGGAGCAUUCGCUAAUGAGGUGCAGUUCUAUUACCCAAGUAAUGAUACACUCAAUGUAAUGCUGAAAGGCUCUUCCCUGGUAAGAUCCUGCUGUCUGCCCGGGUCCUUCUUUUCUUUUAAUUUGCCUUUCUUGACAGCCUGAGCCUUAACCUCAGUAUAUGAGCACGACAGAUGUUUGAAGAGGCAGCUUGUCUUCCAUUUCAUCACAGAUGUGUGCAUGAUCUUACUGAGGCCUAAAAUCAAAUAUUUCACACCAAAGCUUCCAAAAAUGGUCAGUCCACAUCUGAGUUAUAUCCCCGCAGAGCUGCUUCAGAUUAUCAAACGUAAAAAAGUGUGACUCAACUGUCUCUCUCUAGCACAGAAGACAUCACAUUGUGUUGGGCUUCACGUGCCCUGCAUUUGCAAUCUCAUAUUAUUCUGUUGCAUGUCAUGGAUAUCAGCCCAUCAUCCAUCAUCUCCAGAUUUCAUAAACACCUGGCUCCUUUAAAAGCUUCCUUCUAGGUCCCUGGAGUUGUCAGUGAGAGUGCAGUAACAUUGUACCUCCUUUAAAUUUCAUAACACUGUGAUGGUGUGUAACAAUAAGGGAGCUUUGAGAGUAAAUAAAUGAGCAUAAGAUAUGACAAUACAUGCUGCUAGAGGGGUGCUUCUGUUAGCAUAAAAAAAGCUAAGUUAGUGAGCAGGGGUUUGCCUGGAUUCUUUAUUGAACAAUAUAUAAGAUCACACUUUACUGGUCCUGGAUACAUAUCAUAAUAUGAAUGCAUAACGGUAGCUAUAAAACCUGUAUGUAAUAUCCCACGACAGCAAUGCACAAAAAUGAUAGAUGUGCCUCUAACUGCUGCUAUGCAGGUUUUGUAUCAUGUUAUUUACAUGCAUCCCUAUAAAUGUGACUGCAGUGACAAUGUGAUUAUAAAGUUCUCAUGUUAAAAGUUGGCUGAGUGAUGUUUCAUAGCAACACUCUACUCACAGACGGUGCCUCAGCAAUGGAGAUCACGCACAACCGAGCAACAACAGCAGCACCAGAUGUGAAUUCAGUUGUUGGUGCCUCCAUGUUUUGGGAUCCUGUGUUUUGCAUUUCUGAAAAGAAUGGUGUAGUUUUGGAGAAAUAACGCUCAUUCAAUUUGUGCCAAGAGUUGGAUUAGACAAUUUAUGCCGCUCACAUAUCUGUACAGUACAGCUAGUGCUAGCAGCUGGUAGGCUAAAGGUACUGCUAACACUAUGGGUAAAAGCUAGCUUGACUCUGUUGAAAGUCAAAACAUCCCAAUCAAGGAACUAAAAAACUCCCAAUUUCACAUGUUAUCAAAUGUUCAUAUUUAAAAUACAAGAUUAACUUGUGACCUAACUAAGGAAGUAUUCCAGUGAAAGAAUCAGUCUUUGGGGAUAAAUGGGGGGAAAUAAAUAUUCAUCGACUUCCUGGACAGAAAUGAGAUGAAACGAUUGAUCCAAUUUCAUGUCUGUUGGAUCGAUGUGAAAUUGAUGUUAGCAGUGGGAUAGCUCAGCUUAGUAUAGCUCUGUUCAAGGGUAAACACUGCUCACUAAUUAGCAAUUUUAGCUAGCACUUGUUUAGUGUGUACAGGAACUGGGGUGAAUAAAAAGACAGUGUCGUUAGUCUGAAUAUCUUGGUCAGUUCGAGUGAUGUCAAGAUUACUUUGAGAGCUUUCCAGACAAUUAGCAAGCAGUUUGUAUGAUAGAGAACCAUUCUUAUUUAUGAGCUCUAGUGUUGUGGACUUCACAUUUUGUUACCCUGUUACCAAUGUUCAAGGCUAUAGCUGUUUCCCUUUUUUGUAGUCCUUCUCCAAGCAAAGCUAAUAUCCUGCUGUGUCUUUAGGUUUGUUUUGACUGGACUGACAUGAAACAAACGUCAAGUGUUGUUUUUAUGGGGUUUAAUUAAAAGCAGACUUUCUGUAUUGGUAGCAGUGGCUAGCAGGGACUAGCUAAGAAGUGGUCUAGUUUAUCACCCCUGUAAAACAUCACUAGACUGUUUUAACACUAGACUUUUGGUAUAUAGAUAACUCAUGUUAUAUGAUAUAGACUUUUCACAUGUUUCUUUAUGAACCUAAAGAAUCUUUUAUUAGCUGUUUUUGUUACUUUUGGCUAUUGGACUGUAUCCCUCCAUCAGAAUGUAUGCUAGGCUAAGGCUAGGCUAAGCUAGCUGGCUGCUGGUUAAAGCUUCCUUUUUAACGCACAGACAUCAGUAGAAGUAUAAGGCGUCUAAUCUAAUUCUCAGCAGAUAAGUGAAUGAGCAUAUUUCCCCCCAAAAGUAAACUAUUCUUUAAUUCUACCUUCCUUUAAUUCCUUGCUUUGGAUUUGCUGUUGAUUUUUUGGUGCCUCACUUUUCUUCUGCUAAAGGCAUGACACGAGGGUAAACCUUCUACCUGUGAAUCCACUCUCACUGUAAAAUAAAAAGUCAGAGCUUUGCAGUAGCCACGUUAAUAGCUCUGUGACAGCGGCAUGGCCUUGAGCGUGAUGUAUUUAUAUACCUGUGCACUGUAUCUGCAGAAGUGUACAGCGAGGUUAGAAAAAUACACCAAAACACCAAAGUAGUAUUAAUGUUCUGCACUGGAAAAAAACAGAAGAGAAAAACAUUUUGCAGGACAUUUUAAGAAUCAUUAAUUUUUUUGACCUUCUAAUGGAAAAGAGAUGUAGCAUUACACUUUGCUGGUACUGUAAAUAAUUUGUGAAUCAAUUGUCAUUCUAAUUUCAAGGAUCCUGCAAGAUUUAACAUUAGGCUAUAAUUUCUUACAGAAAUUGUGUGAUUAGAUAUAUUCAAAUAAAUAUUGCUCUGUUUUGAACCACUCAUCAUGUGUCUUAUAUACAGUAUAUUAUGUGAAAUAAAACAUUUGUAAAGUGUUCAUAUUUUCUGUGAAUAGGACACACUUUUAAGGAUGUGUACAUUUUAAUUUCUGGGGAAAGAAGAUAUCAAAUAAACAUCUCAUCUGACAAAGA